CCCCCCCGUGCUCUCUCGCCCUCUGUCUCUUCUUUCUCCUCUCCUCGCCUGUCUCUCCCUCUCCCCCCCUUUUCCUCUCCACCGACUCGACCCCGGAGCCUCGGGGAGCUAGAUGGCCGCUGGGUGCGUGCCGGCCGCUGAGGAGCAUGAGUGCGCCGGGGGAGUCUCCCCCGCCGGGUCCUCCUCGGUCCCGGAGCGUAUCCGUCCUAUCGGUUGAUCGUGCCCCCCUUCACCGGCGGGGGCUAUCCGGACAGCAGGACAGCUCCGCCGGGAUGGACACCCUGCCGGAGUCUGCGCCGCCGGGGGCCGGGGGCCGGCCGCGCCGCAGCCAAUCCCGCCCGCCUCCCUCUUCGAAUUCGGCUUCCUCCUCGUCCGGGAGCCUGGCUGCCAGUUCGCGGCGCGAGCGCCCCCCCGGGUCCCCGAGACCCCCUUCUGCGGGUCCCCCCACUUCCCGAGGUGCAGGCCGACCGGAGCAGCCAUCCGCCGGGCGUCGGCGCGCCCGAGCAUCCGGUCGCAUGCGCAUCGACGAUGGCCACCUCAUCGACGGCCAUGAGGCUCUCCAGGAGAUUCGCCUCGUGGAAAAUGAUGUCCGCCGUGAGCAUGAUGCAGAUGUGCGCGCAAGCGCCACCACCAGUCGCAAUGAUGCGCGCGGGCGAUCCGACCGCCGCCCGUCGCCCCUUUGCGAGCCGCUUGACUGGAACGAGCUGGGCCGCUGCGAGAGGGCGCCCCUCCUCAAGGCCCCACCGCAGGGGGGCAUUUCCGGCUUCGAGGCUGCCAUGAAACUCGCCGCCACGCUUGAGGCCGAUUUGCAAAAGCAUCUGGACCGGUCGCCCAAGAAGUCCGAGCUUCUCUUCUUCUUUCUUCGCACCCCGUCAGUCAUCUUCUCCCUGUGCGUGGUUCUGUGCUUGCUCCUGCCUGCGGCGGUGAUCCACCUGCACCGCUCCUCCACCUGGCAAGCGGGACUCGGCGGGGCGGCCGGCUUCUCUGCCACCACUGGUCCCCUGGUUCCGUGGGUGCCCCUCUUCGAGGUGGCCCUGGUGUUGGUGCUCAUCGCCGCGUGGAUUUCGUCCGCCAUUUGGUGGACACGACUGCGCUGGCGCGAGCCUUUCCGCAAGGCCAGCGAGUUCGUGCGUGUCCUUCGCAUGGAGGCCACCCUGCGCGGCGGGAUUGCUCUAGAAAAGGUGGACAUUGCGCCCGAGCACAUCGCCCUCCAUGAGACGGUGGCAGUGGUUCGGCCAUCUCUUCGAUCCGAUCGAUCGGAGUAUUUCACGGCCAAAGGGUCCCGGCGCUCGACCACCGCUCGGCCCAGUGCCGUCGCCCAGGUUCCCCUCAGUCUCCUGGCCCCGGGGGACUUGGUUCGUCUGGCACCCGGUGACUCGGCCCCUUGCAACUUGCGCCUUGUCCCGGCUCCCGGCGAGGAGGGUGGCCCGCCCAUCGCCGCGACUGGCUCCCGGCCCGGGCCCCGGUCCACGCGGGCCACCUACUCCUCGGUGGCGGCGGCCGCCGUGGUAGCCCCCUCGGUCCGGGCAGCAGCCCCCCCGCGACGGCAUUUGGUGGCCGGCGAACUGACAGCCAGCGCUCCCAGUGGCGCGGCCUUUGUUUAUGGUUUGGUCCUGGAUGAUCCGACUCUCCCGGCCCGGCGUCUGCUCCAACGGUCUCUGGAUUUGGUGGCGGAUUCCAACAUCGGGCAGUUGCUCCCCCGGUCGGAAGCCAUGACUGCCGGGUCACCUCGUGGCCGGACCAACCUCCUGUCCAAGAACAGCCAGCCCGCCUCUUCCUCCAUGGCCCCGGGGUAUGGGGGCAUUUCUGCCCAGCUCACCAGUCUCGGGCAUCCUUCGGUCCGAGUUGCCUUGCUCGAGCUGUCGCUGGCCGUGCACGGGUCCUUCCUCUUCCUCCUGGUGGCCACCGCGGCCUGCGUGGCCUUGGUGCUGAUCCUGCCCGACGCUCGCUUCCAUUGGCCCGCACAGAUGGUUCAUUGCUCGUCGAUUGCGAUCGGCCUGCUGCUGAUCUCGGCUGCCAUCAACCCCGCCACGCGGGCUCUAUCACACCUGGCGGCCACCGCAUCGCUGGUGGCCCGCACGCGGGCUCUUCACCGGCGUGUGUUGACCGCGCACCACCCCUACCGGGAUUGGGCACGUCAGUUGCUGGCGGAGGAGCACGACAUUCCAGGCGCCCGGGCACGCUCUCCCCAGCCGGCACCGCUGAUCUCCCGGCUGUUGGACCGCCUGGCCGGGCUCUCUUCGCCACGGACCUACAGCCGAGACUACCUGGGCUGGAUUGCCACCGGCACCGGGAACAAGAGCAACGCCGUUCCGCUGUACUACCAGCAAAGCGACUCCCCCGAGUCCGCCACCGGCGGCAGCAGCAGCAGCAGCAGCAGCAGCCGGGCCUUUGCCGACCACAGCGAGGUCGAUGUGCCCCUGAGCGAGAUCCUUCGAGUGUGGUGGGGUCUAUUGACCGGCCGCGAUGCCGAGCCGGUCUUCUUCACGCGCUUUGGCACCCUCUUCCCGGCGCUCAUGUCUCGGGCUUUCUUGCCGCACUUCCCCACCUGGGACAACUCGUCUGCCCGUUCCGGCUCCAGUGCCAGCUCCGCCACCGGCGGCGGGAUCCUCGGUAGCCUGUGCCUCGGGCGUCGGGCGGAAAGCCGGCGCCGGCCCCGGCGGAUGCUCGAAGAGGUGGGCAUCUGUCCGGUCACCGCGCUGGCCACCAUGGAUGUCUUCUGCACCCUGGGCCGAGAGGGGCUCCUGUCGGAGCCCCUUCCUCAAGCAUUCGAAGUGUCUUUUGUGUCGCCCGGCGGUGAACUUGUUCAAAUUCCCAUUGGCCGGACCCUGGAACCGCUCAAGUGCCCCACCUCUCACAGUGCCUCGGCCUCCUGCUCCUACAGUGUACAGAGUGUGCACGGUCUCUUCCUCGACCUGUCAAAUUGGGAACAAUACCUCGGAUCCCUCAAGCCCCUGGGCUUCAACUUCCUGCUGAACAACAACCCCUUCUCGGAGCUGGAUCGGGCCUCCUCCCAUGCCCCCGGCUGCCCAUCGUAUGGACGACUGUGUGGCGUCUGCCAGACGUACUUUUCCACUCGCACCGGCCAUCCGGAGCCUGGCGCCUCCAUCCCGGCGGAUACAUGCACAUGUGUAGCCCCGGUGGCCUGGGCGUCUUCCGGCGUCGGCUGGGACCCAUCCGAACUGCCGAUCAAGGACCUUUGUUCCGUCUGCAAUGUCUACGCAAGCUCCCCGGUUCGAAAGGGCUCGCGCCAGCCUCCUCGCUUCACUGGUGGCCCGACUUCGUGCUUUUCCGUGGCCAACCUCCAUGCCCUGGCCACCGACAUGCUGCCCUCCCCGGGAAUGUCCUUCCCGGCCGAGGACGGGACAGCUUCCCCGCCCUCGGGCGAGUCCUCCAGCAAGCCCUUCCCCGACUUGCACAUCCUCCAGCGUGUGUGGCUGUCAUCCUUCGGGCGCCUGUCUCUGGCCCGUCGGCUGAGCCUCGCGCCGAUUGCCCAGACGAUGGGCUUCAAUGCGGAUGACGUUCGGUCCGCUUUCUCCCCGGUCCGGUCGAUCUACACUGUUCCCUGGGCACCGGGCAGCCGGGCACCGGUGUCGAUCCCGGCCACCGGGCUGGCCGUCGGCGUGGGCACCUUCAUGGCAUCCAUGGUCUCCACCAUCUUGGCUCCCUCCGAGGGCUCCUCUGGCUAUCAGCUCCUGUCGGAGGGCACGCCCGAGCUGGUGCUGUCCUAUUGCACGCAUUACUGGGAUGGCACCGAGGUGGUGCCCUUCAACCAGGAGGUCCUGAAGCAGCUGCGCGAGUAUGUUCGCGACGCGCGCGGUCGUGACUGUCUGGUUGUGGCGUACUCCUAUCGUCCUCUCAUCAUCUCGCCCAAAUCGCCGAUCAUCGGCCUGCGAACCGAGUCCUCUAAGUCCCGCGGGCGGGUGCACUUUAGCAGCAAGCCUGGCGAGGCCCUUCCGCCCAUUGUGCUGCCAGUUCGCAUGCCCGAGAAGAUUGACUACAUGCACGCCCCUUCCACCGUGUCCGAAGACCAUGGCGCCGGGGUGCAUAGCAACACUCGAGAUUGGGCUGCCAUGAGCGGCGGCGCUUCGGACUGGGACGCGCAGCCGGGGGAUGGGUCUCCGGCUCCGAUCAUCUCGAAUAUCUCAACUGCCCUCGCCCGGCAGAUUUUCUGCGGCUUUUCAAUCAUCGGCGAUGUGGCCCGGCCUCAUGCACCCCCGCUGAUCGAUGCCCUGUCUACGGCCGGCGUGCGUGCGGUUUUCCUGAGCGGUCGCGGCGCCCGGGCGGCCAAAGCUUUCGCCGUGCGCCUCGGGCUGCCGACCGACUGGAACUGCUGCAUUUCGCUGGCGGACCCGAGACCGGCCGGCGGGCUGCACUCACAUCUCCAGCACAUGGAGCAGUCGCCCCCCUCGAGUGAUCCCUCCCUGCUGGAGAGCACCGCGGCGGCCAUGGCCGACAUGAACACCGACGGCACGGUGGACGGCCUGUUCAACUUUGUCGAGGAUGGGGACGACACCAUGGCCCUGGAGAAGUCCCAGCUCCCGCGCGGGAUCUCCGCCAUCCGGCCACAUCUGCGUCGGGUGGACGAUGUCCCACUCUUGGUGCAGAUCUUUGCCCGAGCUCGGGGGUCCCUGCCGCCGAUUUCCCAUGCGGUGGCCCGGCAGAUGUCCACUCGGGCGCCGGGGCCCUCGUCGGCCGCGGCGGCGGCCUUGGCCGCGGCUGAUGCCACGGCCGCGGCUGCCGGUCGGCGUCCCAUGCGCCACGGCCCCGGCCGUAGGAAUCGCCCCAGUCGGGCCACAUCGCUGGCCGGGUCGCGCGCCUCGUCGGUUGGCUCGGGGAUUCGUGCACCGCGCAGCCUGGCCAUCGCACUCGGCCGCCCUGGGGUCCAAUCGGAAAUGAUCUCCAUCUAUGCGGAAAAUGGUCGCAUAGUUUGUGCGGCCGGGGCGGCCGCGCGCUCGGCCAACCUGGAUGGCUUCGCCCAGGCGCAUGUGGCCAUCGGCCUCGAUGCCACCCCCCUGGCCAGUUUGCUCCUGCGCUGGCAGCUCCGGCACCUGGGCACCCUGCGUCGGGGCGGUCGGUCGGACUCCGGCGCCGGGGCCAGCUUUGAUGAAGAUCAAGAGGAGCUCUUCGAGGAGGAGGAUGAGGAGGAGGAGGACCUCGAGGAGGGCCCGGCCGGGGGGUCUGCCAGCGCCACGGCUCCAAGCAAUGCAUCCUCGCCUCUGGCCACUGGCGGCCCGGUUGGCUCGUGUGAUCCGCUGCUCCUGCCGGUCGGCGGCCGCGAGGGUGACCGAGCAUCGGGCCAUGGCGAGGGGUCCGAUGAUGAGGAGCCUGGGCUCGGUCCGGCCUCUGCCCUUCUUCAUGGGGAUUUGCCACUGCCCUAUGUCGACCCGCAUGCGAUUUCUUCGAUCAUCAGCUCGCUUCCCUGCUCGGUGACGUUGCCGAUGUCGCGGGCCCACUCGCCGCUGGAUGUCCUCGCGGUGUUGCGCUCGGCUCGGCGCUUGCACUCGGUCCUCUGGUCCGGGGCCAUCCUCAGUCUACUUGGUGCGUGGGCUGCGGCAUCGGCGUCAUUGCUGCCGGAGCUUGCUGGCCUGCCGCCGGCCUUUGGCCUGAGCCACCUUCUGUGGAUCGCUUGCGUGGUGAUUCCUCUCUUCGGGUUCCUGUCUCUGGGGGCCGGGUCGCGGGCGGCCGGGUCCGGCUGGAGCCCGGCACACUCGCCCCCGGUCCCCGGGCUGGCUGCCAGCUUCCGCCGAGACCCAGCCUCUUGGACUACCGACUGGAGCAAGUCCCUGCUCCAUGAGUUCCCCGUUUUCACAUCAUGUCCCCUUCGCCGGCUGUCGCGGCUGGUCAAGCUGGCCCUCUCGCGUCUGGCCCCGGCGGUGGUGGCCGUUCCGUUCACCUUCUACCUGGCCCUUGCCGCCUUCCUGGACAUCACUCCCUUGUAUGACAUUCGGUCGGUCGUGCGGGCGGUGUGGUCUGACACGUUGGCCAUCCCGGGGGACUCGUCCUCCGGGGCGCAAUUCCCCUCGGGCAUCCCUUGGCGAGUAUGGGCUGCGCAGCAAUGCGCCCUGGUGGCCUUUGUCUACUUGUUUGCUCUGAGCAGCUUGGCUCUGCGCCAUCCCUGGAAGUCGAUCUUUGGUUCGCCGGGUUCUGGUCGCACGCGUUGGUGGGCGAUCACCAGCCUGGUGGGUAUCCUCCUGAGUGCCAUUGGGCUGCUCUUCCCGGCGAUCUUCGCCCCGGGCCAGCUCCAGGCCGAACUGUCCCUGGCCGUGUUGUAUGGGCGAUUCAACCUGAUCGCCGCCGUGGCGGUUCCCCUGGUCCUCACUCCCCUUGCCUUGCUGAUGCCGGAGUGGACCAAACGCUCGGAGCGCCGGGAUGCGACGCGCGCGCAAAAGCGUGCCCAGCUCCACUUCUGGACUCGUCUGGGCAUGCACUCGCCGGUCUGACCGCGCCGCCGCAUGCACAGCCCUGGCGGCUGCAGCCGUGCACAACUCCCCCAUAGACAUAUUUCACCUUCC